AUGAGCAUGAUGAGGAAGGCGCUGAUGACGACGGUGAGCCCGCCGCCGCCCACUGCCGGCUCCAAGGUCACCGUCGUCGGCUCCGGAGCCGUCGGCAUGGCCUGCGCCUUCUCCAUCAUGAUGGAGGAGCUGUGCAGCGAGCUGGCACUAGUGGACGUGAUGGCGGAGAAGCUACAGGGGGAGACCAUGGACCUGCAGCACGGCGCGCCCUUCCUGCGACAUGCCAAAGUCGUCUGUGGCACAGACGCGGUCGUUGCAGAGUACGACGUGACGGCCGGCUCCAAGGUGUGCGUGGUGACGGCUGGCGCGCGUCAGCAGGAGGGAGAGUCCCGGCUCGACCUGGUGCAGCGCAACGCCAACAUCUUCAAGAGCAUCAUUCCCAACCUCGUCAAGCACAGCCCCGAUUGUAUCCUGCUCAUCGUCUCCAAUCCAGUUGACAUCCUGACGUACGUGGCGUGGAAGCUGAGCGGGCUGCCGAAGAACCGCGUGUUCGGCUCGGGCACCAACCUGGACUCAGCUCGCUUCAGGGUCUUCAUCGCAGAGAGGCUGGGCGUCUCUCCAUGCAGUGUCCACGGCUGGAUCAUCGGCGAGCACGGCGACUCCAGUGUGCCCGUGUGGUCUGGGGUGAACGUGGCGGGCGUGCGGCUGCGGGACCUGAAUCCCUGCAUCGGCACCGACAAGGACCCCGAGAACUGGAAGGAGCUGCACAGCCAAGUCGUCGACAGCGCGUACGAGAUCAUUAGGCUCAAGGGCUACACGUCCUGGGGCAUCGGAUGCAGUGUUGCGGACAUCGUCGCCACUAUCCUCAGCAACGCUAUGAAAGUCUUGCCUCUUUCUACCUAUGUUAAGGGUUGCCAGCACGGGCGAGACCGCGAGGUGUUUCUGUCGCUGCCGUGCGUGGUGGGCGAGACAGGCAUCACGCACAUCGUCAAGCAGCCGCUUACGGAGACGGAGAAGAAGCAGUUGCACGAUUCCGCCACCAUCAUGCACGAAGUGCAGGAGGGGCUCGACCUCUCCUGA